AUUCAGGUACGAUAUCUCGUAGUGCUAUAGGAUCGUUUAACUCCUCAGUAGCAGCAAGCGCCGGACUUAUGUAAAAUAUUCAGUUGAAAGAAAUGGGAGCCCAGAGUCCGGCGUGCGAGGGCAUUCAGGUGAUCGGUCAGCGUUGUGAACUGCUCGAGCGGCGUAUUAUAAUCCGAUCAAGUAUCGUCUCUGUAAAUUUGCGUAUGAUUGGCCUGUCUGAGUUGUUCCUGGUAUGCUCUUUGUUGAGAGCUCGUCCUCAAAGGCGGUUCGUGACAAGCCGAGCUGGGCAUGCUGUCGUCAGGACUCCGGACAUGGUAUCUACCAAAAGCAUUCCGGUCACCCAUUCUACGCAGGCCAAAUGUAGCCACGACCAAUUCAGCAGCGCAAGCCAGGAGGGUGGCAAGGUUUUCUUUGGUGUACGGGCGACAGGAAGGGAGAGUGCUAGGGCGCCGGAAUCAAGUACUGGCAGAGGCGGAGCUCUCAGGGAGCUGCUGGUGAUGGCAAUUAUUGAGCAACUUCAUGUAGCAUUUGCUCUCGGACAACUGGAUUCUGACACUCCUUCACGUUUCCCUGUCCAAUCUUCCGCUCCUUUCCUCGCACCUCUAUUUGAGACUCGACAGCUCUAUGCUGUAUUAUUGCGAUUUCGUCCUCCAGGGCGAUUCACGGCAAGCCGGCUCGUAGCUGAGCAUGUUGUUGUCAGCCUUCAGGACAUGACGUCCACUGAAAAGCUCUUUGGUGCUGCCUUGUGCCCAGGCGAGCAAGGGGGAGGACUUACUGUUAUGACUUGGAGAGAUGCAAGGGGAAAGGUGUCCCGAGGGAGAAAGCCUAGCCUUUGUACGAGUGUGCCACAACCAAUAUUUUCAGCAGCACGAGCCGAGGGUUUUCAAAUUUGGUGUAGGAGUGACGGUAGGAGAAGAGUGAAUCACGGUGCUUGA